CGCCGGCAUUCAACGAACAAUGCCACCAUGAAAUCAUGCAAGGCAAUAUCCGGCCCAUUAAAGCUUCAGAUCUUCCGGCAUCAAGACCAUAAUGAGAUGUCCUGUGCGGGGAAGCUACCUAGGUAGCAGUGGUUUGAUACCACAUCAAUGAUACCACAAUGAAAAAUCCAUUAGAGUUUGCCGACAACAUGGCGGCGAGCACAGAGAAGGCGGCGUCUUUCGCCGACCAUCACGAUGACAAGUUCCGCGACACCGACGUUGCCGUGCGGCUCGCCCACGAUGUCGACGACACCAAAUACUCCCCUUGGUCGGCAAAGAUGGCACGUCUGUACCUUGUACUUGCAAUAGCCUACCUCUGUGGAUGUCUCAAUGGCUACGAUGGGAGCCUGAUGGGCGGGCUGAACGGGAUGAAGUCGUAUCAACAGUACUUCAACAUGAAAACAGCAGGAUCAAGUACCGGCCUGGUCUUCGCCAUGUACAACAUCGGCUCCGUCGCAGCAGUCUUCUUCACUGGUCCCGUCAACGAUUGGUUUGGGCGCCGCUGGGGCAUGUUCACAGGGGCUAUAAUCAUCAUCAUUGGUACUUGUGUCCAAGCACCGAGUACAACUCCCGGCCAAUUCCUCGCUGGACGCUUCGUUCUCGGAUUCGGGGUGAGCUUUUGCUGUGUUUCAGCACCGUGCUACGUGUCUGAAAUGGCUCAUCCGAAGUGGAGAGGUACUCUCACAGGUCUCUACAACUGCACGUGGUACAUUGGGAGUAUCAUCGCCUCAUGGACAGUCUACGGUUGCUCCUACAUUGGCACGCUCGAUGCUUGGCGCAUUCCGAUUUGGUGCCAGAUGGUGACUUCUGGGUUAGUCUGUUUGGGUGUAUUCUGGUUGCCAGAAAGUCCAAGAUGGCUGGUGGCCCAAGACAGACACGAGGAUGCACUCCACGUCUUGGCCGUUUAUCAUGGAGAAGGGCGGACCGAUCACCCCAUUGUCCAGUUACAAAUCAAGGAGAUGAUGAACCAAAUUUCCUUCGAGGCGUCCGAUAAGAAGUGGUACGAUUAUCAUGAAUUGUGGAACACUCAUUCCGCACGACGGCGUCUGAUUUGCGUUCUCGGGAUGGGCAUCUUUGGCCAGAUCAGCGGCAAUUCGUUGUCGUCUUAUUACAUGGUCACAAUGCUGGAGUCCGCAGGUAUUGUGCAAGAGCAGCGAGUGCUGGCACUCAACGGUAUCAACCCCGUGCUGUCUCUCUUCGGAGCUGUUCUUGGCGCUCGCAUGUCAGACGUCAUUGGCCGGCGAGCGCUGCUGCUCUACACGAUUGUGUUUGCUUCUGUUUGCUUUGCCAUCAUCACAGGCACCAGCAAAAUGGCUACUGAUGAUCCGACCCAAGUAGCAGCUGCCAACACCACCAUCGCCUUCAUCUUCAUAUUCGGAAUUGUCUUCUCAUUUGGUUGGACACCCCUUCAAAGCAUGUACAUUUCAGAGUGCCUUCCUACAUCGACACGAGCCAAAGGAACCGCCGUUGGGAAUUUCUCCUCGGCUGCUGCAUCAACGAUUUUGCAGUACGCUUCUGGCCCUGCCUUUGAGAAGAUUGGUUAUUACUUCUACUUGGUUUUUGUGUUCUGGGAUCUUUUUGAGGCAGCAUUCAUCUACUUCCUGUUUCCAGAGACCAAAGACAGAACAUUGGAGGAAUUGGAAGAGGUGUUUUCUGCCCCUAACCCGGUCAAGAAGAGUUUGGAGAAGAGAAGUGCCCAAACUGUUCUCAACACAGUCGGCGCAAACCCAGCAUCGGAACUUGAUCAUGACCCUUAG